AUGCUGUUCCGGGUGUGUGUCUGCCUUCUUCUGGCCAGUCUAGUUCCGGCACUAUCGUCACCAGUGUCACGCUCUUGGCAGGAUGAAGAACUGGAGUACGAUCCGAUGCACCCACAACGGUUCCUGUUCGUAUCCGCACCGCACGGCUCGUCGCCAGCCGACCAGCGCUCCAAGCGCUCCGCGUCGAAGUCGAUGCCGAAGCUUCGCUUCGAGCCACCGGUCGGAGUGGAACAGCACGUCCAGUACUGGACCAACCGGGCGCAGGACAUCCUGAACCGGCAGCUGCAGAAGAACCGCCUGAACCGGAAGGUAGCCAAGAAUGUAAUCAUGUUUUUGGGUGACGGUCUCUCCAUCCCGACGCUGGCCGCCACGCGCGUGUACCUCGGGGACGAGGGUACCGAGCUGUCGUUCGAGCGCUUUCCCUACGUGGGCCUGUCAAAGACGUACUGUGCCAACGUCCAGGUGGCCGACUCCGCCUGCACGGCGACCGCCUACUUGGCCGGAGUGAAGGCUAACUACGGCACGAUCGGACUGUCGGCGGCCGCCGCUCUCGGCGACUGCCGGGCCCAGAACGACACGGCCAACCACGUGCACUCGAUUGCCAAAUGGGCCCAGGACUCCGGUCUGUCCACCGGUUUCGUCACCACGACCGAAGUAACCAACGCUUCCCCGGCCGGUCUGUACGCCCAUACGGCAAACCGGAACUGGGAGUACGACGGGGCCAUCGAGGAGGCGGGCUUCGAUCCGGCCGUCUGUCAAGACAUCGCCACCCAGCUCGUGCACGGCGAGGUCGGCAAGCGGAUGCGAGUAAUUAUGGGCGGCGGUAGACGCGAUCUGCUCCCGACCUACGAAACCGACGACGAGGGCUACCCGGGCCGGCGAACCGAUGGGAUGGAUUUAAUUAAACACUGGCAACAUCAUCACUCCCGCCACCGAUCUGCAUACGUGCAGAACCGUGCUCAAUUACUCGAGACCAACACCGACGGUCAAACGGCGGCGGACUAUUUGCUCGGCCUGUUCGCCAGCGGCCAUCUUGCCUACCAUCUCGAUGCGGACGAACAACGGCAACCGACACUGACCGAGAUGGUAUCGAAGGCGAUGGACGUCCUCGAGCGGCACGCCGAAGGAUACUUUCUAUUUGUGGAAGGUGGGCGAAUUGAUCACGGGCAUCAUUACACCCAGCCGAUACGGGCGUUCGACGAGACGGUGGAGUUUGCGAAAGCCAUCGAGAUGGCACGCAGCCGCACGGACCCGGAUAAUACUCUGAUUGUCGUUACUGCGGAUCAUUCCCACACGAUGACCAUGAGCGGCUACUCGAGUCGCAAAAAUGACAUCCUGGGAGUCAAUGAUGGGCAGCGCGCGGACGAUGAGCUGCCGUACGCCACCAUCAGCUACGCCAACGGGCCCGGCUACGGACGGAACGUGCAGCGUGCGGCCCGCCUCGACCUGAGUGCGGUCGACAUGCGGGACAAGUCGUACGCCUUCCCCAGUACGGUGCCACUCGAGCUGGAAACGCACGGUGGCGACGAUGUAGCCGUGUUUGCCAGUGGCCCUUGGGCACACCUUUUCAGCGGGACGUACGAGCAGCACUUCAUUCCGCACGCGAUGGCCUACGCAGCAUGCAUCGGCCCCGGGCGUACGGCCUGCACCACGGACGGUGACGGAGCGAAGCCGUCGUGA